AUGGCAGUGACAGUGGAACUUGAGAGUAACAACAAAUUCGAAGGUGUGGGUCGCCUUUUGGAGGGAGUGUUGUCUCUGACAGCCAGCCCUUCUCAGCCCAUUGAAGGGAACACGGUGACCCUGAACUGUACGGUCCAGCCCUGGUCAUGGAAGUUAUCUGGUCAGCUCCUGUUCAGUUUCUACAAAGAUAGUCACAUCCUGAGGCCAGCAUUGACCAACUCCUCAGUGUUCCAGAUCACUGCCACGUGGAAGAAAAAGCCAGGGUCCUACCACUGUUCAGCAAAGUCAGUGAAACCCACUCCUUGGGCAACACUGAGGAGCAAUGCUAUCUACAUAAAAGUGCAGCGAGUCCCCGUCUCUAAUGUGAGUUUGGAGAUUCAGCCUUCAGGGGGACAUGUUGUAAAGGGAGAGAAGCUGGUUCUCAUCUGCUCAGUCCCUGAGGGCACAGGAGACAUCACCUUCUCCUGGUACAGAGGGAGCAUGGGUUUAAACAUGGAAACAAAGACUCAGCGUUUACUGCAAGCAAAGUUUGAGAUCGCUGCGGUGCAGGAGAGUGACACUGAUCAGUAUUACUGUUCAGCGGACAAUGGCGAGGGCCCCCGCCUCAGUGAGCUAGUGAGCAUCACGGUCAAAAUUCCAGUGUCCCGCCCUGUGCUCACCCUUGGGGCUCCCACCCAGGCUGUGGUGGGGGACGUGCUGGAGCUUCACUGUGAGGCCCAGAGGGGGUCUCCCCCCAUCAGGUACCAUUUUUAUCAUGAGGACGUCAUCCUGGGGAGCAGCUCAGCCCCCGCUGGAGGAGGAGUGUCCUUCAACCUCUCCCUGACUGCAGAACAUUCUGGAAACUAUACUUGUGAGGCCGACAAUGGCGUGGGGGCCCAGCGCAGUGAGGUGGAGACACUCAGUAUCACAGUGCCUGUUGGGGACAGAAGAGACCUUCUUCCCUCAGGAGUCAUUGAGGGGCUGCUCAGCAUCGUUGGCCUCACCACUGUAGCCCUGUUAUUUUGCUACUGGCUCAAGAGAAAAAAAGAAAGACGUCCAGUCAUACAGCCACGCAGGAGUCCUCCUAAUCCUGUACCCCAAGAACUCACCUAUCUCAACUCACCUGUCCCAGUGCAAAGAGACCCUGUGUACCAAAAUGUGAAUUUUGGAAGUGGGGAUAAGGUGUAUUCGCGGGUGUACCAAAGGCAGCAUGAGUACCCAUCAACAGCAGUAGAACCUGCAGGGACUCAUAAUGGAUAUAAGGACUCAGCUAUCUACUCUAAGCUGAAGGAGCCAAACAUUACAGAUGUGGACAUUACAGACGUGGACAUUACAGACGUGGACAUUACAGAUGUGGACUAUGAAAAUGCUGUGUAA